GGGGCCUUUUCAAAUCGGGAUCCGUUACCGCUUUCCCAGCCGCCGCCAUUGUGGCGCUCGGAGCCCCUCAACGCAGGCGGCGCAGGCGGAGGCCGUGGCGGCGGGAUGGCCGACGCCGACAAGCCCGAGGUGCUUAGGGCAGCUGGCGACGACAGCCCGCAUCGGCAGCCCGCGGAGCCGCCGGGCGAGCCCCGGCGAGAACCUCACCCGCCCGAGCAGGAGAAACAGCCGCCGCAGCACAGCAGCAGCUCCAAUGGCGUUAAAAUGGAGAAUGAUGAAUCAGUCAAAGAAGAGAAAUCUGAAUUAAAAGAAAAAUCUACAGGAAAUAAGAAAGCCAACAGAUUUCAUCCUUAUUCAAAAGACAAGAAUUCAGGCACUGGAGAAAAGAAGGGUCCAAAUCGUAACAGAGUUUUUAUUAGCAACAUCCCAUAUGACAUGAAAUGGCAAGCCAUUAAAGAUCUAAUGAGAGAAAAAGUUGGUGAGGUUACAUACGUGGAGCUCUUUAAGGAUGCGGAAGGAAAAUCAAGGGGUUGUGGUGUGGUUGAAUUCAAAGAUGAAGAAUUUGUCAAGAAAGCACUAGAAACUAUGAACAAAUAUGAUCUUAGCGGAAGACCCUUGAAUAUCAAAGAGGAUCCUGAUGGAGAAAAUGCUCGUAGGGCACUGCAACGAACAGGAGGAUCAUUUCCAGGAGGACAUGUACCCGACAUGGGAUCGGGAUUGAUGAAUUUACCACCUUCCAUUCUCAAUAAUCCAAACAUUCCUCCUGAGGUUAUCAGUAAUUUGCAGGCUGGUAGACUUGGUUCCACAAUUUUUGUUGCUAAUCUUGACUUCAAAGUUGGUUGGAAGAAGCUAAAGGAAGUGUUCAGCAUAGCUGGAACUGUAAAGCGGGCAGAUAUUAAAGAAGACAAAGAUGGCAAGAGCAGAGGAAUGGGCACAGUCACUUUUGAACAAGCAAUUGAAGCAGUUCAAGCAAUUUCUAUGUUCAAUGGGCAGUUUUUGUUUGAUAGACCUAUGCAUGUGAAAAUGGAUGACAAGUCUGUCCCUCAUGAAGACUACCGUUCACAUGAUAGUAAAACGCCACAAUUACCACGUGGUCUUGGAGGCAUUGGAAUGGGACUUGGUCCAGGUGGACAGCCUAUUAGUGCCAGCCAGUUGAACAUAGGUGGUGUAGUGGGAAAUUUAGGUCCAAGUGGUAUGGGAAUGGAUGGUCCAGGUUUUGGAGGAAUGAAUAGAAUUGGAGGAGGAAUUGGGUUUGGUGGUCUGGAAGCAAUGAGUAGCAUGGGAGGAUUUGGAGGAGUUGGUCGAAUGGGAGAGCUAUACCGUGGUGCGAUGACUAGUAGCAUGGAGAGAGAUUUUGGACGUGGUGAUAUUGGAAUAAAUCGAGGCUUUGGAGAUUCCUUUGGUAGACUUGGCAGUGCAAUGAUUGGAGGGUUUGCAGGAAGAAUAGGAGCUUCUAACAUGGGUCCAGUAGGAUCUGGAAUAAGUGGUGGAAUGGGUGGCAUGAACAGUGUGACUGCAGGAAUGGGGAUGGGACUGGAUCGGAUGAGUUCCAGCUUCGAUAGAAUGGGACCAGGUAUAGGAGCUAUACUGGAAAGGAGCAUCGAUAUGGAUCGAGGAUUUUUAUCGGGUCCUAUGGGAAGCGGAAUGAGAGACAGAAUAGGCUCCAAAGGCAACCAGAUAUUUGUCAGAAAUCUGCCUUUUGACUUGACUUGGCAGAAACUAAAAGAGAAAUUCAGUCAGUGUGGUCAUGUAAUGUUUGCAGAAAUAAAAAUGGAGAAUGGAAAGUCAAAAGGUUGUGGAACAGUCAGAUUUGACUCCCCAGAAUCAGCUGAAAAAGCCUGCAGAAUAAUGAAUGGCAUAAAAAUCAGUGGCAGAGAAAUUGAUGUUCGCUUGGAUCGUAAUGCAUAAUUUGAAACCACGGUUGGAACAUUC